UCUUUUACGUUAGUUUAAUAACGCUAUGAAAGCUAAAGAGGUACGUGUAAGUUUAUGUGGCUUACAGCAAUGGCAGCUUCAUCCCCUCUGAGAUCCUUGACGCCUUCAAAACCCUUGUCUAACAUCAUUCUUUCCCUUGGCAAAUUUCACACCAAAUCAACGCGGAUGGAAAUAAGUGAAAUUGAAGCGGAGAAGAAGAAGAUAUUUGUAUCUGGAGCUACUGGUAAAACCGGGAAGAGAAUCGUUGAGCAGCUACUGGCCAAGGGUUUUGCAGUUAAAGCGGGUGUUCGUGAUGCCGACAAGGCCAAAUCGAUGUUCCCGAAUCCGAUUGAAGACCUUCAAUUUGUGAAAUCAGAUGUAACAGAAGGUUCGGAAAAGUUAGCCGACGCCAUUGGUGAUGAUUCGGAUGCUGUCAUAUGUGCUACUGGUUUUCAGUAUUCAUGGGACUUGUUGGCUCCAUGGAAGGUCGACUAUUAUGGUACGGUUAAUCUAGUUGAUGCAUGUCGAAAGGUUGGUGUGAAACGGUUUAUCCUCGUGAGUUCUAUUUUGGUCAACGGUGCUGCAAUGGGCCAGUUGCUUAACCCGGCUUAUGUCUUUCUCAAUGCGUUUGGACUUGUAUUAGUGGCAAAGCUUCAAGCUGAACAGUACAUACGGAAAUCGGGUAUUAACUACACUAUCAUAAGGCCCGGAGGGUUAAAAAACGACCCACCAAAUGGGAACAUUGUCAUGGAACCAGAGGAUACGCUGUCUGAUGGAUCAAUUUCGAGAGACCAGGUAGCGGAGGUGGCUGUUGAGUCGCUGCUUCAUCCGCAGGCUUCUUAUAAAGUUGUGGAGAUAGUUGCACGGACCGAUGCUCCUAAAAAGUCGUUCAUUGAGCUCUUUGGUUCCAUUAAAGAACGGUAACUCAUAUUGUAUCAAACCAUCGAUUUGUAUGUCAUUGUUCUAUACCUUUACGACUUUGAUCAUAUACAUUAAUAUGCAAAAAGAAUGAAAGAUAACCUUGAGAGUUGGAUAUGAAUACUCGAUACAUGUUAUUUCA